AUGUAGUUUCUCACUCCAUGCUCAAUGCGAAGGGGGGUAGCAUGUGCUUAAAGUUUGUACUAUUUAUCCGCGAGUCGUCUGUAUAAGUUAACCAUAGAUUCAAAUGCAUUUUUCAUUGGUUUACUUAUACAUACAGCUAUUGCUAGCUACAAUUCUUGAAAAUUACAUUAAUGUAUUUUCACACAACACUGCAACUAUAUAUUACCCCUUACAUGUAAACAAAAUAUUAACUCGUCACUUUGAUCUAUUCCAUUGAACCGGAACCGUCCUCUGUUUUUUUUUUUUUUUUUAAAUAUUCUCUUCCACCCAGAUCACGUGAACAGGGCCAUGGCGUCGUUUGGGAGGUUAGCGGGCGGGGGUGGAAGUUCACGGAGUGUGACGCUGACAUGACUGGCAGGGGAGCUAGCGUAGGUGCUAUUACUAAGGCUAAACUGGAGCAUUUUAACUUUUAAUAAAUCGUGUACAUUGUGAGCAUUUGGGAUUUGUAAAAACCAUGACAGCCAACGAAGAUCAAGAGAUGGAGUUGGAAGCUCUUCAGUCCAUCUAUGAAGGAGACGACUGCUUUAAAGAGCUCAGCCCGGUCUCUUUUCAAUACAGGAUAGGAGACCUAGAAGAUGCAAAAGCAUUCCUACUGGAUAUUUCCUGGCCUGAAACAUAUCCAGAAACAGCCCCCAAAAUCUCCCUGGAUGCCUUUUUUAAUAACAGAAUUUGCCCAGAGGUAAAGAAGACCAUUAUUACCAAAUUAGAAGAGCAAGUUGAAGCAAAUCUAGGGACUGCCAUGAUGUAUACAUUGUUUGAAUGGGCAAAAGAAAACCAGCAACAGCUUAUGGAAACCCAUCAGCCUGUAAACAAUGCACUGACGUUGACAUCCAGCAGUGAGAAUGUCAUUAAUCCUAAUUUCAGCUCUUCAAAGAAAAAGGAAAAAAAAGAGCAGUUAACCAAAUCACAAAAGAGGAAGUUAACAGGAAAAACAGAUAACAAGGGUGAGCUGCCCCGUGGCUGGAACUGGGUAGAUGUAAUCAAGCAUGUAAGUUGUUUUUAAAAUUAUUAUUUUUAUUUGUGCUGCUAAUUUUGUAUCAACUUUAUUUGUAUUAUUAUUCAGCAGGAUAUUAAAUUCUAGUGUCAUACAAUAGAAAGACAAAAGACCAGUGUGCACCUGUCAUGUGAAACUGCGAUUCAUUAUUUUCCACUGAUAUCCAGUAAGUGCAGAGAUGGCAGACAGACUGGAAAUAGUUUCCUAUAGCUGUGCCAUUUUCGUGCAUUAAUCUCCCACUUUGCAUGUUGGGUAGCUUUGCGUCAGACCUGUUGUGCAGUUCACUGGGUAGAGUAUGAAGAACAGCGUUAUCAGAAACAUAGGCUUUGUUCACUUACGAAAUGAUAAAGCGUGACUUUCAAUCUAUACCAUGUGUUAAGAAAGGAAAACGCAAUGUUAAUGUUAAGGCUAUUGGUUCUCAGGUUGUUUUUUUUUCUACCUUUUAAUUUGGGAGUAUUCAGGUAUUUCAAAUGCAUUGUUGUAAAUGAAAAAUGUUUGCUGCUUCCUGGUAAGUAUAAUUUGAUGUGUUGCUGUUCAAACCCACUCCAGCAAUCACACAGUGUGACCUAGUGCAGGUUCCAGAAUGCUGCAGUUUAGUGUUGUAUUCAAAAUAUCUGCAUAUGCUGAAUUAACAUCGCAAUAUAAGGGGUUAGUCUUAAGAAAGUUGGUUAACAGUCUUUUAAUGUUAUACAACUAGAAACAGUUUUCAGCCAUUAAAUUACUUUCAUAAAUACUGUAUAUUCUAAUGUGUCAAUUGGUGUUAAAAUGGCUGUUUUGUAUUCAGUUUCCUGAAUAUCCAACUUUUUUUUUUAAUUCAUCUAAAGUUUUUUGGUGAAAGAAAAAAUAAAUGUUAAUGUUACAGAUGUAGUAACAAAAUUUACCUUACAAAUGGUUUGUUACUUGUUUUGUAAGAUUUACAGUUAUACGUUAUGCAUUUGCAAAUUGCAUUUUUGGCAUAAAGUCAUAUUAUAUGACAUAGUAAUUGUAAUAAAGUUAACAUUGAAUUUUAAAGCAGCAAACAUCUUAUAAUGUUGUUUUCUUUUCCUUUGCAAAGCUAAGCAAAACAGGAGGUAAAGAUGAUGAUUAACACCGGACUGUGAAGUGGAUUUCUUAUUGUUUUAAAAUAAAGUGCAAUGACCAGACAGGACCUCAGAUCUGUUCUAUACAGUGCUGCUUGACUUUAGCCUGAAUCUUCCCAGUCUUGAGUAUUUAUAAGAAGAGAAAAAUUAUAACAAAGCAAGUUUUCUAAUGAAAUGCUCCACUUUUACAAAUUAAUUUUGCUUAUUGCCAAAUUGAAAUAUAUUUUACAUAAAAGCCCCCUUUUUGUAGGUUUGUUUCUAUUCGGAUUUCCAUAUCCUGUCAUGUAUGUCCAUGUUACCAAAACAUAACCUUGAUAAACUAUGUUACUGUCAACGCAAACAUGUAACCAACUACAAAUUAUCAGUUAUUUAUCUAAAUUCUGCCAAUUGUUAUUCAGUAAACUUCAGCAGAACUUGUUACCUGUGUUGUUAACUUUGUAACUAAAAGAAAUUGUGUACAGAUCAUGAUGUUGGUUCAGCAAACCUUCCAAUAGGUCAGAAUUAGUGGGCAGCAUCAUACCCAUUGCUUCUAACUAUAGAUAUGUGCGUGGUAUACCACCUUUUUUUAUUUCACUUAACAGAAUAACAUUAUUGAAGAAAUGGGGACACAAGUACAACUGCAUAUUCCUUGCAUCUUUCAGUUCCUGUUGUAGCACAUACACUAUGGAUCUAUCGUGAAUUAAAAAAUAAUCUGCUACAAUAACCUGAAUUAAGAAAAUGAGCUUGCAUUUCUGUACAAUUUCUUUAAGAGUGAAAUUUUAUAGUAAUCAGAAUAUGUUACAUCAAUACAGAUGCUUUUUAGUAUAACUUUAAAAGCAAGAGAGUGUGCCAAUACAGUUAAAUCAAAACCUGGAUUAGACUAUUAUUGUUUUUUUUAUACUGGCAUAUUAUGUUGAUUUUCAAAACACACUUCCCCUUAUUUAUUUUGUAGAACAUCUUUUUAUGUUACUUAACUGAAAUGCUAAAUAAUAAUAAAAAAAACAUGGUGUUCCUUCUAA